AGCCGGAGAGUCACAGCCACAGUGGAGGUAGCGCGGAGACGAUCUCUUUUUGGUCCUCGGUGUGUUCCGUAGCACGCACGCAGCACUUCCACAACGUGCAAGCAGAGAAGUGAAGAUUGUUGGUUUCAACGGCUGAAAGUGCUUCUAGCUGAGACUCAACGUAUCAACAAUAUGGCUGAAAAGAAAGAAGAGAUGACUCCACUUGAGAUGAAAGUGGCACGACAGAUAGAGUACUACUUCGGGGAUCACAAUCUUCCGAGAGACAAGUUUCUCAAAGAACAACUGCAACUUGAUGAUGGCUGGGUGCCUUUGGAGACGAUGCUCAAAUUCAACAGACUGAAAAUUUUAACUACAGAAACCAACAUCAUCGUUGAAGCUCUCCAGAAAUCAAAGACUGGCCUCUUGGAAAUGAGUGAAGACAAGACUAAAAUCAGGAGGUCUCCAAACAAACCCUUACCCGAAGUGAAUGAUGAUUACAAAGAUGCUCUUAAACACAAAUCUGUGUACAUAAAAGGGUUUCCUCUCGAAACUUCCCUUGAUGAGAUUCAAGAGUGGCUAAAUGGGAAAGGUGCAAUAGAAAACAUUCAGAUGAGGAGAAACCUACAAAGGCAGUUCAAGGGAUCAGUGUUUAUCUGUUUUGACACAGAAGAUUCAUCUAAGCAGUUCCUUGAACGUUCAGACAUAAAAUCAUUCAAAGACAACGAGAUGCUUGUGUUAUCCAGAGAAGACUACCAUGUAAAGAAAGCAGAAGAGAGAAAACAGUUCAAAGCGGAGAACAAAGCCAAAGCUAAACAGGACAAGGAACAACAGCAGAAACAUGCAGAAGACAAAGAAAUGGGUCUGCUUUUGGAUGAACAGACGGGUUGCCUGUUGAGGUUUUCAGGAGAGCUUGAGGAUGUUUCAAGAGAGGACUUUCAUGAAUUGUUCUCUGGGCAUGGAAAGAUAAAGUGGGUUGAUUUUACAAGAGGGGCCAAAGAGGGCACCCUCCUUUUCGAUGGGAUUGCAAAGGAAGCGUUCGAUAAUGCCAAAGAGGCGAAAGGAGGGGAAUUGAAAAUCAAGAACAACAGUGUUACAUGGCAGGUGCUUGAGGGGGAUGAGGAGAAAGAGGAACUGAAGAAGAUCAUCGAAGCUCAACAAGAAUCAUACAACCGGUCCAAAAGCAGAGCUGGCAGAGGAAGAUCAGGUGGCAGAGGAAGAGGAGGCCGAAGGGGAAGAGGUGGCAGAGAUCAAGGCAGAACUCAGUACAAGGGCAAAAAGACUAAAUUUGAAAGUGACGAUGAGGACGAUGCUCCCAAAGCCCCAAAGAGAGAACUAGAAGACGCUGAUGGUCCCGCAGCAAAGAUGAUCAAAACUGAAAACGGAUCUUAGUCACAAGGUCACACCCAGAAUUUUUCUUUUGUGAAAACAUUUAUUAUAAACCUUGAGAAUGCAGAGGCAAUUAAAUCCAUUCCAGUGACAGCUUCAGGCUUUGGAGAAUCGUAGGAAGUCCACCUGGAUGUCAACCUAGACAACAAUUUGCAAAGCUCUGUCAGUUUUCAGCCUUUUAAGUCCCUGUAUAUUGUGCCUCACAUUAUUUGUGUACCUUAUUUCUCCUCUUAGGAUGGUUUUGAUUUUAUCAUAUUCAACAUAAAUUUGUUUGACAGUAAUUUAAUUACACAUGAACAUGUAGUAGGUUUUGUAAGACCUGUGUGACAUCUAGAAGCUGUUUGCCUUUGUUUUUUUUCCUUGGAGAUUUCCUACAAUGACUGAUGAGAACGUCUGCUAUUUUUAUUUUAAGUUUGCAUAUGUCAAUAGCAAAUAAAACGUUUAUAACUAUUAAUCAA